CGACCUUUACUGUGACGUAACGAUCCGUACUCUUUGACAGUGGUUCAUUGCCGACAGUGUCGACUUUUCGAGUUGACUGUGAAGCAGGCAUCGGAGCGUCGGUGUCAGACGUAACAUCACAACUUUUACGAAGUAGUGCUACAUGCUGUAAAGUUUACGAUAUGGCGUGAACGCCCCUUGUGACAACACUUCCAGCACUUGUUCUUCUGGCUAUAGUAGCUACUAGCCAUGAUACCAGACUUCGGAAACUGAACAGAUUUCACACACUCAAACAAGCACAUUGUGAAUGUAGUAAUGCUUUCAGAAAGGUCUACGCAUUGAACGGAGACAUGAAUUCGUUUUGGUGGUAUAGAGUUGCAAUUUUCCUCCUGGUUGAAGUAUCAGUGGUAUGUGGAGAUUUGAGCAGCCCUCAGAAUUUGACUCUUGAAACACUUAACACACAUUACCUUCUGCUGUGGGACUGGGGUAAUGAGACCGCUAUGAAUGGGACUGUUACCUUCACUGCACAAUAUCUAGCGCAGUAUAAGACCCGCAGGCCUGCUCAUAGGCAGAACUGGAAGUCGGUAUGUGUUGAUGUGGUGGAACGACACUGUGAUUUCUCUGAUGCUGGUCUAUUUUACUUUGGCAUGUUUCUAUUGCGUGUGAGGGCACAAAUAGCUCAGCAAUCUUCUCGUUGGAUCCAGAUUGAGUUCUGUCCUGAUAAACAUGCUGAUUUAGGUCCUCCAUCCAGUGUCAAGCUGAACUCACUAAAAGAAGGUUUGGAGAUUACUAUCUUUGACCCUCUAGACAACAACAACCAGUCCAUGAAAGAGCUGGUACAAAAUAUGUAUUACCAAAUCCAGUACUGGAAGAAAUAUGAAGAUCAGAAGGCUGAGAUCCUGCCAACACCUAAUAAUGUUGCAACAUUGUCUGGGCUGGAUAGAUGGACGUAUUAUUGCAUAAGAGUUCAAUCCCGCUGUGAGUUCUACAACAAGAGCAGUGUCUUUAGUGAAACACACUGCACAAAGACAGGAGGAGAAACUACAUACCUGGAGAUAUUUCUUUAUUUCCUGUUGUCACUGGUGAUGUGUUUGCUGUUGGGGUUGGUACUGUCAUUAGGCUGCUACAAGACUUACAAGACCUUAACUAGCAUUUUUUACCCAGCUACUCAACUUCCAGUGUACAUCCAUGAGGACUGGGCAGCUGAUAUGCCAUGGCUUUUGAUUCCUGAGUCUGAGACUGUCUGUGAGCACCUGGACAUUACCAGUGAGAUAAACAUUGCAGUUGCAGUGAUGGAUGACAAUAUCUCAGAACAAGAUCGAGGCACAGAUCAACACGACAGUGGAGAUUCUGGCUUUAACUCCACAGAGGAGGACUCAUGCCAUAGACAUUAUGGCCUAACAGAACACAUCACAUGCAAUGACGAUCAGAUUGAAGACAUGUGUAAUAUAAAAAACAAACAGAUGCUUGAAAGUCUGUGUUUAAAACAAUUAACACAGUAAAAUAGAGAUUUACAUGGAGAUUAAGGCAAGCCAAGCCUUUCCUUAAAUGUAAAUACAUUUUAUACACACAUUGUACAAAUCUAGCAUAGUUUUGGUCGACAUAUACAUUACUUCUUUAGAGAUGAUGUGGAAUAUUUUAUGUUUAGAUUGUCUUUGAGCAGCUUACAAAUUAUAAAAAUCACAAGCCAUGAUUAGCUUUUGUUUUGCUUUGUCUAAGCUUUGACAUAGCCCUAUUUAGUCUCACCUAUCAUAUGUGUGAAUUUAUAUAUAUGACAUGCAAAAACUAAAAAGGGUGUGGUAAAACUGAAAACCGUUUUAUUAUUUGAUUUCUUUAUGAAGUCUGUUUCCUACAUUGUCAGAUUUUUUUGUCUUUUGACAAAAACAAAAAGCUUAUUCUCUUCUUAGAAUACUUUACACUUUAUUGUGGCCAUUAUUUCCCACUUGUUUCUACCACUGUAAAUUUGGGUAACACUUUAUUUCGAUAGUCCACUUUAGACAUUUUACUAAUUAUAAGUAACUUUGCAACUACUUAUCAACUACCAAUCUUUAGAGAAUUAGUAGACUGUCUGCUUAAUAUCUACUAACACUUUAUUGUGAUGAUAUCUCAACAGACUUUCAACUGACUAUAAGUAUCUUUGCAGGUGCAUGUCAACUUAUUCCACUAACCCAAACCUCUUCCCUAACCCCAACCAUUAGAGUCUACUAAUACUCUAAUGACAGUUAGUUGACGUAUAGUUGCAAAUUAUUGAAAGUUAGUUGACAUGUAGUUGCAAAGUUGUUUAUAGUUAGUAGAAUGUCUAAAGUGGACUAUCAAAAUAAAGUGUAACCUAAAUUUGUUUUAAGAACAUCUCAUAUUGAGGUGACACUAUUAUUAACUUGGUAUAAGCACUUUUUGUUUCAUUGCCUCUGUAUGACACAUGAUAUGUUGAUUUUUGUUCCUAAACUUUGUAAGUUGCUUUGGAUAAAAAUGUCUUCUAAAUGCCUAACCGUACAUGUAAAUAUUUUUGGGUCCUUCACAUGUCAUUUCCCAGUCCCUGACUUUAGGUUUAGCAAAUUACAUAGGGACGGUUUCCCAGACAGGGAUUAAACUAAUCUUUAAAAGCUGUCCAAGCUGAAAACAACUUGCACUGACAUAUCUUAAAAUACAUCAUUCUUUAUUUUGCUUCAAAAUGCAAACAAGUAAUGUUUUUAUAAAGGCAUGUUAAUUAAACUAAGGCCUAGUCCUGGUUUAAAGCUCCCA